AUGUCAGGUGAAAGAGAGAAAAAGAAAUUCCCAAUUCCACCAGGCGUGGGAGCAGGUAAACCUGAGCACCCAUUCGCUGUGACUGUUGAAGAUCCCAUUCCUAAUGCUAUCGUACCUGACGGAUAUGGAAUUAAAUAUCAUGCUUAUCAUACUAUUUUACCUUCAGGAACAUCGUUACCUGGAGGAGCAGUAUUACCAAUGUCAUCAGUAGCUGAUUUCCCAAUGGUCUUACCAAUGGGUACUAAGUUACCUGGAGGAGUUAUGGUUCCUAUUGUCAUGCAGAAAGUUGAAAAAGGUGGUGGGGCAACUAGUGAUCCACCUGGACCAAUCUGUUCGAUCCAAUGA